CCGAGGCCGUGCGAGGGGUCCCGCGGGCCCUUCGCUGUGCCACACGCUGCCAAUUUCGAGUGUCCUUGGAGGAAAUUUAAUUAACCCGAGAGCUAUAAAUCCAGGACCACCGCGGGGAGGUUGUGAAUUGCGCGCGCGAGAGCAAUUAAGAUGCUCUGGUUUCAAAGAAAUAGCAUGGAACUUGUCAAAUCCUCCUUUGGACUCUUCUUGAAAAAUUUCUCGGCCUCUAAAACAACUCUGCCCAUGCUGACCUUAUUCACAAAGGAUCCAUGCCCCCUUUGUGAGGAAGCCAAGGAAGCACUGGAGCCUUACAAAAACAGGGUAACAACGCGGCGUGGCUUCUAUGUAUAUGAAUGA